GCCGCACCAAGUGCUGGAGCGGCGGAGGGUUCCCCGGCGGGAGGAACGGGUUCUGUGAGGUCAGCGGGCCGAAGCCUUUGUCACAAUGCAGCCUUCCCCCUCGACGCCCGGGCCCGCACGCGCCGCAGACACCUGCCCGGCUCCUCCUGGACCGGAGCGUCCUCGCGCGGCCAGGGCUCGGGCAGCUGCUUCCAGCCUGGGACCGGCCUUGGCCUCCGGCAGAGCGCCCCGGGUCCUGGACAUGAGUGCCCAGGAGCCCCCGCAGGGUCGAAGAUUCCCUAUAGAGGCCGGAGAUUCCCCUAGCCUUGCCGCCGCCCCCGAGUCCCAGGACAGCCCAGAGCCAGUAGCUACGGAGCACAGCCCAGUCAGGCCGCUUCGACGCUGCCCCGGCUGCCACUGCCUGACGCUGCUGCACGUACCCAUCGACGUCUACCUGGCUAUGGGCGGGAGCCCCGGGGCCCGCGCCACCUAAGUGAGCCUGCGCACGCACGGCGUCUCUACAGGAGCCGGGCGGGGACGAGGCCCGCUGAGGUCGCGCGCGCCGAGCACGAGACAAUGAUGCACAUUUUAAAAUAAAAGAAUGAUGCACAUUUUAAUAAAGCACAGCAUAAACUGUUCUUUCCA